AUUAUAAUAGUAGCGCGAUAUAAGCACUGACGCAGCACAGACACAGCACAAUUCGCUCAUUUCUGCCUUCUCUACACAACGUUCCUUUGAAGCAUAUCAUGUUUUAGACAUUUUCCACUCCUUUUCCAAGACUGAAUUUGACGGCCUCUAUGCCAGGGUCUAGUAGAAUCUCACUUCGCAAAUUGUUCAAGUCAUGCAAAGCUUCCGAAGGUCGUGUUUCUAAGCAUACAGCAAGUGGAAUUGGCUGACACGCCCAGUGAUCUCCAAACAUCAAAAACUGACUUAAAAACAACCAAGAAUUCAAUUCGUUGUACUUCUGAGAAAAAAAAAGUCAAAAUGCCGAGGAAGACUAAAGCGAGUAAGAAGACGCAGAAAGCUGCAGCCGCUCCAAUCGACGUGAUUGACAUCGAUGAUGACUGUGAGGGUGGCGACGCCGGAGCAUCUAAGACCUUCCCGAUUCAGUGUUCUGCGCUGCGCAAAAGUGGUCAUGUGAUGAUGAAAGGACAACCUUGUAAGAUCGUUGAGAUGUCCACAUCUCAACCAGGAAAGCAUGGACAUGCCAAGGUUCACAUCGUGGGCAUAGAUAUCUUCACUGGCAAGAAAUAUGAAGACUUCUGUCCAUCCACUCACACUAUGUCUGUGCCUCACGUCAAGCGUGAGGAUUAUCAGGUGAUUGGCGUUUGGGAUGAAUGUGUGAACCUGCUGGAUAACAAGGGAAUCUCCAGGGGCGACAUUCGUUUGCCGGAGGGAGAGCUCGGCACCCAGAUCAAAACUCGCUUCGAAGCCGAGGAGGAGUUGAUGGUGACCUUGAUGACCUCCAUGGACCGGGAUAUGAUUUGCGGUUUGAAGAAACUGCCCAAAUAAAAAUCGGCAAACUUUGCCGGCCAUCGGCCGGCAUCGGUAAUCACCGGCAAUUAUAAAUCAUGUUACUGAUUGCGCUGCGAGGAUUACCAAACAUUUUCGCGUAGAAUUUAGUCAGUUAUGCUUUUAUGCAUGAAAUAGAUUAGACAUUGUUUAUCUCAUUUUAAUCAGGAAUUAUGUCUCAAAUGUAGCAUCAGUGCUUUAGCUUUAGAUGUUUCCCCUAGUUUUAUUAUGCUCAAAAUGUAAUUGUUAUCGUAUGUAUUUUCGGUCCACUAAUAAUAAAAAUCUUGGAGAGAAAAAAACGAACAAACCCACCCGCCUGAUAAAAUACUUGGUUUUACAAAAUAUAAAUAUUUGCAUGCAUGACUAGUAAUUUAGCUCCUUUAUAAUGAUAUCGAAUGUUGGUUUCAAUUUGGUAAUCUCUUUGAUUUCUUAAAGGCUUCGUGAUCUCUAGUAAUAUUACUCCUUUAGCCAGUCUUUAGUCAGCUUAAAAUGCUUAUAAGGAUGAUGACCAUAAUAUUUGCAAGCUGUACAUUUAGCAAAUUUCAUUUGAGAGAGAUUGAAAAACUCAAAUCACUAAAUUUCAACCCAUUCAAACAAAUCCAAUAUUAAAUAAACAAUCGUAACAACUUUUAGAUGUAAAUGAAUUUAAGGAUGCCUUGUGUCUGAUCGAAAAUGCUAAUCUGAAAGUUAGAUAAUCAUUUGUGAAUUAUAGUCAACUUAUUUCUCAUUUAAUAUGGAGCCAGAUCAAUUAUUAUUUUUGAAAUAAAUGUCCACGUGUACGAAAGAUGAAGCAU